GCGUUUGCGUUCAGGUUUGAUGGCGGGUGUUUGGUAGUUUUGUUUUGUAAUGUGUUUACGUGGGAGAAGCUGAACUUAGAGCAUUGUGUAUGUGAAGAAUUCCACAAUGCCUGCAACACUGACUUUUAUAGAAGUUGAAAAUUUCAAAUCAUACAAAGGGAAUUUAUCAAUUGGACCCUUGAAGUCUUUUACAGCGGUCAUUGGACCAAAUGGAUCAGGAAAGUCAAAUUUUAUGGACGCUGUCAGUUUUGUGAUGGGAGAAAAGACUUCCUGUCUCAGAGUUAAAAGACUUAGUGAUCUAAUACAUGGAGCGUCAAUUGGACAGCCUAUUUCGCGAAGUGCUUCUGUGACAGCAGUAUUUGAGCUUGAGGAUGGGACGGAGAAACGAUUUACACGAAUUGUACAGGGCUCAUCAUCUGAACACCGUAUUAACCGUGAGUCUGUUAGCAGCCAGGUGUAUCUUGCUGAUUUAGAAAAGCUAGGCAUUAAUGCAAAGGCCAAGAAUUUUCUUGUAUUUCAAGGGGCUGUGGAAUCUAUAGCAAUGAAAAAUCCCAAAGAGCGGACAGCACUGUUUGAGGAAAUUAGUGGGUCUGGAGCACUUAAGGAAGAAUAUGAGCGUCUGAGAGCAGAAAUGUUAAAGGCAGAAGAGGAAACUCAGUUCACUUACCAGAAGAAAAGAGGUAUUGCUGCAGAGCGUAAAGAGGCCAAAUUGGAAAAGGAGGAAGCAGAGAAAUAUCAGCGUCUGAAGGAAGAUUUGCAUGACAAGCAAGUAGAACUGCAAUUGUUUCGCCUGUAUCACAAUGAAAAAGAUAUUGAGCAGCUGGAGCAAGAGCUAGGUCGAAAGCAACACGAUGUGAAGAAAGUGGAAAAACGAAAACAAAAGGCAGAGGAAGAGCUUAAAGAAAAAAAGAAGGAAUGUGGUAAAAUAUCUCGGGAGCUAGCCAAGGUUGAGCAGAAUAUAAGAGAAAUGGAAGUUGAGAUUAACAAGAAGAGACCUACUUUCAUAAAGGCCAAAGAACGUGUUGCUCAUAUUCAAAAGAAACUUGAGUCAGCUCGUAAAUCUCUGGCUCAGGCGAAAAAAGCAGAUGCAGCACAUGAACAAGAUAUUCGUGAACUUGAGGAUGAGCUUGCAGAGGUUGAAGCGAGAAAACGCGAGUAUGAAGACAUGGUUGCUGGAGAAAGUCAAUCACAGGGAAGAGAUGUACAUCUUGAAGAUGCACAGGUGCAAGAGUACCACAGGCUGAAGGAGGAGGCUGGCAAGAGGUCAGCCAUGUAUUUACAGCAGCUCGACUCAGUCAAUAGAGAACAAAAGUCAGAUCAGGAUCGUCUUGAUAAUGAAUAUCGCAAGAAGGCAGAAAUCGAAAAUCGUUUACGUCAGAAGGGACACGAGAAAGAUGAAGCACAGAAGCGCAUUGAAAAGCUGGCAGAACAUAUAAAAACGAGUGAAUCAGCUUUAGAAGAUCAGCGCCGUCUGCGUGAGGAUUUACAGUCUGAUGUUGGCACUUCAAAGGAGCGUGUGCAAGAACUACAAAAGGAGCUAGAAAGCGUAGUGGAACAACUCGGAGAUGCUCGUGUGGACAAACACGAGGAUUCGCGCCGUAAGAAAAAGCAGGAAAUUGUUGAGAAUUUCAAACGACUAUAUCCAGGAGUUUUUGAUCGGAUGAUCAACAUGUGUCAGCCGAUUCACAAACGCUAUAAUGUGGCAAUUACAAAAGUUCUUGGCAAGUAUAUGGAAGCCAUUGUUGUAGAUACAGAAAAGACAGCAAGACAGUGUAUUCAGUAUUUGAAAGAACAAAUGUUGGAGCCAGAGACAUUUCUUCCAUUGGACUAUAUACAAGCCAAACCUCUGAAGGAAAGAUUAAGAAAUAUAAAGGAACCAAAGAAUGUACGUCUGUUGUUUGAUGUUCUUCACUACCAGCCACCUGAUAUCAAGAGAGCAGUGCUGUUUGCUACGAAUAAUGCUUUAGUCUGUGAAACACCAGAAGAUGCCAUGAAGGUUGCAUAUGAAAUGGACAAGAACAGAUAUGAUGCUGUAGCAUUAGAUGGAACCUUUUACCAGAAGUCUGGAAUUAUCUCUGGAGGUAGUUUGGAUCUUGCACGAAAAGCAAAACGCUGGGAUGAAAAGCACAUGUCUCAGCUAAAAGCUCUUAAGGAAAAAUUAACUGAAGAGCUCAGAGACUCAAUGAAGAAGUCUCGCAAGGAAUCUGAACUUAAUACAGUAGAUUCACAAAUUCGGGGCCUUGAAACACGCUUAAAGUACUCAAAAACUGACCGUGAGAAUACGAUGAAACAAAUCAAGCAAUUAGAAGUAGAACUUGCUAGUCUGAAAACCAAAUCUGAGAAUUUUGGACCAACUAUUGCAGAAAUUGAAAGAACAAUGCGUAAUCGUGACCAGCAAAUUCAAGAAAUUAAAGAAAAUAUGAACAAUGUUGAAGAUAUUGUAUUUGCUAGUUUUUGUUCCCAGAUAGGGGUAGCAAACAUUAGGCAAUAUGAAGAACGAGAGCUCAGAACACAACAAGAGAGAAUGAAGAAAAGAAUGGAAUUUGAAAAUCAAAAGAACCGCAUACUCAAUCAGUUAGAAUUCGAAAAAACUCGAGACACCAGAAAUAAUGUACUUCGUUGGGAAAGGGCUGUUCAAGAUGAUGAAGAUGAUUUAGAAACAGCAAAACAGGCAGAGCAGAAACAGAUGGCUGAUAUUGAACGUGAUAUGCGGUCACUGGACAGUUUGAAAUCAGAACGCAUGUCUAAAAAAGCUGAGGUGGAUAACAUGGAAGAAGAAAUUGGCAAGGCAAGACGAGAAAUGGGAGGUAUAGCAAAGGAUAUUCAGGCAGCCCAAAAGCAGGUGACAGCUCUAGAGUCCAAAAUUGAACAGCGUAGAGCAGAUCGCCAUAGCAUUUUAAAGCAAUGUAAGAUGGAAGAUAUUGCAAUACCAAUGCAACGUGGUAAUAUGGAAGACAUUGCACAAGAAACAUCCACUGGGGACAAUACAGAAACAACUUCAGAAACGAACUCGCUUAGCACACAACAGAUUUAUGAUAGAGAAAGCCGAAUUGUCAUUGAUUACGGACAGCUACCAGACAAUUUGAAGGAACUAGAUGAUGCAGAUGAUGUUAAAAAAAUGGAUAAUAAACUAAGCAAAGCAAUAAACGACUUGCAAAACACCAUUCAGCGAAUACAGGCACCAAAUAUGCGGGCUAUGCAGAAAUUGGAAAUGGCAAGAGAAAAACUCCAUGAAACAAAUGAGGAGUUUGAAAACUCAAGGAGGCAUGCUUUUAAAGCAAAACAGAAGUUUGAACGCGUCAAAAAGGAACGGCAUGAUCGCUUCAUGAACUGCUUUGAACAUGUAGCUAAUGAAAUUGAUAACAUCUAUAAGUCUCUUGCCAAGAAUCAGUCAGCUCAAGCGUUUCUUGGUCCAGAGAAUCCUGAGGAGCCUUAUCUUGAUGGGAUUAAUUACAAUUGUGUAGCACCUGGAAAGCGCUUCCAGCCAAUGUCAAAUCUUUCAGGAGGAGAGAAAACUGUUGCGGCUUUAGCUCUGCUAUUUGCAAUACACAGUUACCAGCCGUCACCAUUUUUUGUGCUGGAUGAAAUUGAUGCUGCACUUGAUAACACAAACAUUGGGAAAGUGGCAAGUUAUAUCAGAGAUAAAACAUCUUCUCUGCAAACAAUAGUUAUUUCCCUAAAAGAAGAAUUUUAUAGCCAUGCAGAUGCUCUUAUAGGGAUAUGUCCAGAUGCAGGAGAGUGUCUCGUCAGCAAAGUGCUAACAUUGGACCUCACACAAUAUCCAUCCCAUCUAGAUGCAGAACAAGAGAAGAGAGACCAACACAGGCAUUAAAUGUUAACUUUUGCAUUUUUUAUGAUGAGCAGAUAGAAAUUGUAUUAUUUUUGUAUUAUGAACAUAAUGUUUACCAUAAUUUAAAGAUUUUUAUGUAUAGUGGCCACAAAUUACUGAUAAAGUCUUUGUUGUACAGUCCAUCUCUUUGUUAUAAGAUAUUUAAAAAUAAAGCUUUAUGUCUUUUGC